AUGCCGCCGCCCGCCCCGCUCCGCCUCUGCCUGUGCGCGGCCGCCGCCGCCGCUGCGGCCCUCGUGCUCCGCGGCGAUUACCGCCUGGCCGGGCUGUUCCCGCUGCACAUCGCCGGGCCCCGCACCGACGCCAGCCCGCUGGCUCGCGGCUGCGAUGACAAUGCCGUCUUCAAGAGCCACGGUUACUGCCUGUCCCAGGCCCUGCGAUUCACCAUAGAGGAGAUCAACAACUCCAGCACGCUGCUCCCGAACGUCACUCUGGGCUACGACAUCCACGACACCUGCUCUGAGCCCGCCAACCUCCACGCCACCCUGAGUGCCCUCAUCCGCAAAGGCAGGCAGGAUGUCCAGCUGCUCCCCACCUUACAACACUAUGAGCCCCAGGCUGUUGCUGUCAUUGGCCCCGACAGCACACAGCUGGCCCUCACCACAGCUGCCAUCCUCGGCAUCUUCCUCGUACCAGAGAUCAGCUAUGAAGCCUCUGUGGAGACGCUGAGCGUGAAGCGGCUGUACCCGUCGUUCCUGCGCACCAUCCCCAGUGACAGGCAGCAGGUGAAAGCUAUUUUCCUGCUGCUGCAGCACUUUGGCUGGACCUGGGUGGCACUGCUGGGCAGCGACAACACCUAUGGUAGGGGUGGCCUGGAUGCCCUGCAGAAGUUGCUGAGCGCAAGUGACGUGUGCGUGGCCUACCGAGGCACCAUUCCUGUCAACUCAGACACCAGCAACCCUGAGCUCCACAACGUGGUCCGACUCCUCACAGACAUCAAGGUCAAUGUCACCAUCGUCUUCUCCAACAGCCAAAGCGCCCGCCCAUUCUUUGAGGUGGUGGUCCAGAAGAACAUCACAGGCAUGGUGUGGGUGGGCUCUGAAGACUGGCUGUUGUCUAAAACCGUCUGGCAGGUGCCUGGCAUCCAGACCAUUGGCACGGUGAUUGGGAUGACAGUUGAAAACCCAGAGUCUGUGAUGCUGGAACGCUUUGAAAGUUGGAAGAUGAUGGAGGAAGGUGCUGCGGCCAAGUGUGCCGGCACUGCAGAGGCAGGUGGGGAAUCCGGGGGGAGCUGCACCCAGCACUACACCAGCUGCCGCUCCCUCACUGCUGCCCCCAACGUGUUCGACGCUCAAGCCUCCUUCAACGUGUACUCGGCCGUGUACGCUGUGGCCCACGGCCUCCACAACCUGCUGGGCUGUGCCUCGGGGGCUUGCAGCAAAGGCACCAUCUAUCCCUGGCAGCUCCUACAAAAGAUCAGGCAGGUAAACUUCACCCUGUACAAGAGCCGAGUCUCUUUUGAUGCCAGCGGGGAUAUUUGUAAAGGCUACGACAUCGUCAUGUGGAACUGGAGUGGCUCAAGCUGGGCUUCUGAUGUGAUAGGAACCUUCCGUGUCAACCCUGACAGGCUGAGCAUCGACCCAGGCAAAGUCCUGUGGCACACAAAAGAUAACCAGGCUCCCACCGCGCUGUGCUCCAAGGCCUGUCAGCCGGGGGAGUGGCGGCUGCAGCAGAACCGCCACCGGUGCUGCUUUAACUGUGUGGCCUGUCCGUUGGGAACCUUCCUGAACAGAUCAGACCCCUACAGGUGCCAGGACUGCAGGUUGGACGAGUGGGCCCCAGCAGGGAGCGAGGCCUGUUUCAACCGUGUUGUCGAGUUCCUGUCCUGGUCCGAGCCCCUCUCCUGGGUGCUGCUGACCCUGGCUGUGCUCCUCAUGCUGCUCAUGGUGGCACUGGCUGUCCUCUUUGCCCUCAAUGCCUCCACACCCGUGGUCAAGUCUGCAGGCGGGAAGAUGUGCUUCAUCAUGCUGGGGGCCCUGGCCUGCACCUGCAGCAGCCUCUUCUGCUACUUUGGGGAGCCCACAAGGCUGGCGUGCCUGCUGCGGGUGCCACUCUUUUCCGUCAGCUUCACCGUGUUCCUCUCGUGCGUGGCGACCCGCUCCUUCCAGAUCCUCUGCAUCUUCAAGCUGAACGCGCGCUGCCCGGCGCUCUACGAGGCCUGGCUGCGGCGCCAGGGCCCGCUGCUGUUUGUGGCCGGCAGCACGGCGGCGCAGGCCUUGCUGUGCUUGGCCGCCGAGGUCACCAGCCCCUCGGUGCCGCUCCGGGACUACGACGCGCAGCCCGACCGGGUGGUGCUGGAGUGCGCCCCGAGCGCCGCGGCCGCCGCCACCACCGCCUACACGGUGCUGCUCAGCGUGGGCUGCUUCGCGCUCAGCUACGCGGGCACGGACCUGCCCGCCGGCUACAACGAGGCCAAGGGCCUGACAGUGAGCCUGCUGCUGCACCUGGGCUUCUCGGCCGCCGUGCUCUGCUCGCAGGGCGCGCUGCGCGGCCGGGCCGAGGCGGCGGCGAAGGUGCUCGGGGCGCUGGGCACGCUCGGGGCGCUGCUGGGCGGGUACUUCGUGCCGCGGGCCUUCGUCAUCCUGCUGCGGCCGCAGCAGAACACGGCCGAGCACUUCCAGAUGGCCAUACAGGCGUACACGCGCCGCUGGGCCGCCGCCUGA